AGCUUGCAUUCAGUGCCACUAAGCCACAAACCGAUCGAAGCAAUGUUCACUGUACUUUGGUGGUUAAAUCUUCUGGCACACGCCGUAACUGCUGCCUCAUCACAAGACAAGAACGUAUUCCUGUUGGCCGGACAAAGCAACAUGUCCGGUCAGGGAGGCGUAAUCAACGGGACUUGGGAUGGCGUCAUCCCACCCGAAUGCGCACCCAACCCGUCCAUCCUCCGCCUGGCCGCAAACCUCACGUGGGUUCCUGCAGCCGAGCCACUCCACAAGGACAUCGACGUGAACGUUACGGUUGGGGUGGGGCCCGGAAUGUCGUUUGCGAAUUCGGUAUUGGCCGAUGACUCAAGCAUCGACGUGGUGGGAUUGGUGCCUUGUGCAGUCGGGGGGACCAAAAUUAGCCAGUGGGCUCGGGGGACUUUUUUAUAUGACCAAUUGGUGAGCAGGGCUAGAGCCGCCGUGCAAGGCGGGGGGACGAUCCAAGCGAUGCUGUGGUAUCAAGGGGAGAGUGAUACGACGUUACUAGAGAACGCGGAGUUUUACAUGGGGCGAUUGGAGAAGUUUUUUCUCGAUCUUAGAUCUGAUCUGCAGUCUCCUUCACUACUAAUCAUUCAGGUGGCAUUAGCACAAGCAGGACCUUUUCUUGAGAUAGUGAGAGAAGCCCAGUUGGGAUUAGACCUUGCAAAUGUCAAAUGUGUUGAUGCCCAGGGAUUGGAGUUGGAACCAGACCACUUGCAUCUAACCACUGCAGCACAGGUUCAACUUGGGGAGAUGUUGGCCGGUUCAUUUCUCCAGAACCGGCCCGCCCCCCUCACAAAUAAUUAAUACGCCCAAGAGAUUUCGUAAUUAAGUUGGUGACCUUCCCCACGAGCCCUUGGUUUCGUUCUUUGAUUCUUCUAAUCGAAAAUUGCAAUUUAAACUAUAUAUAUUUG